UUUCUGCUUUAGUAUGCAGUUAUGCGUAUGAGAGUGAGGGUCACGACAGUAACUGCUUCAGUAGCUUUUAGCGCGAAAGUUUUUUAACAAGGAAAGUUUUUUUGUUUGGAACAAAACUGGUGUUUAUCGAUAAGGAGUAUUAUUUACUGGAUUUUUAUCAUGAUUUAGGACUGUUUGGUGAUUUUAAAAGUGUUUCACACGAGGAAUAACGUAUGUUGUGACUUUAACGUAUGAAAUUUAACGGUUUUUUUGGAAACGGACGGCCAUCGCGAGUUAGUGACCUAAGACUAGUGUUUUUUUGGUUAUAAAAGUUUAUAACUUGCUCUAUUUUUGUGUUUGUGUAGUGCCUGACAUGAUAAAUAGAACUUUCUCUGGAUAUUGGUGUUGUGUUAGUGCCACAAGCAUUUUUGGAUUAACUUAUUGAGGAUUAUGUGUUAGUUUCAAGUGUUUUAUUUGAUUUUGAUACUUAUUAUUUUGGAUAACUAUUAUUCUGUGAUAUAGUGAGUUAAAACCAUGGAUGCCAAAGGAUAUUUGACUGUUGUUUUCUUGCUGGUUUCUUUCGUGACUUGGGCUGUGUCGGAAGAUAGCAGCAGAGACACGAGGGAAGGGGAAGACGUGACUUUAGAGUGCAGGUUUCCACCUCAACCCUCCAGAGACACUCUAACAUAUUAUUGGGCCAAGAACAAUAAGCAGACGCACGACAAUGUCGCUAUAGGACAUGUUCCUCUCGAUGCCAAUUACAAAAUCAACUAUCGGGUGGACAAAGGAAUCUACGAUCUCUCCAUCUCUAACGCGAGUUAUGACCGGGACAAUGGUAAAUUUGAAUGUAAAGUUAAAGCAGGUGGUUCUGGCACGAACCUUCACGUUCAGAAGUACACUCUGACGGUUCUUACACUGCCUCAACAACCUGUCAUCACACCAAGUUCGUACGUUACUGUGACCGAAGGAAAGAAACAGGAAUUGACGUGUUCCAGCAUCGGAGGGUCCCCUGAUCCUGAAGUUAAGUGGUAUAGACAAGGUUCCCAAUAUCCUCUGGAAACGGCAUUGAGGAACGGCGGAUCGAGGGACCAACCCACGACGGCCACGCUCGUUAUCAACCCCACAAAAGAAGACGAUGAGGCAGUUUUUCGAUGCGAAGUUUGGAACCGAGCCCUCCUUGAUGACAAGAAAUUAAUUUCGACGAUGACCCUAAGUGUUAACUAUUUUCCUCGAGUUGAAAUAGGACCAGAAAAUCCCUUACGUGUUGAAAGGGAUUCCCAAGCCACCCUCCGGUGUUCCGUAGACGCCAAACCGAAAGUUACGACCAUUAGAUGGACCAGGAACAACAGGUUUAUAAGCUCAUCCUACAAUCACACAAUUCAUAGAGUAAGCGUGCAGGAUGCUGGCAAAUACACAUGUAUGGCAGACAACGGUCUGGGUAAAGUAGGAGAACAGGAAAUUACACUAGACGUAUUGUAUCCACCAAUAGUAACUCUAGAAGCAAAAACCAAAGAAGCCGAAGAAGGUGAAUCGGUAUUUAUAAAGUGCAACAUCAGCGCUAAUCCAGACCCAAUAACAGUAGAAUGGGUUAAAGACGGUAAACCAGACUUCCGGUUUGCGGGCGACACCUUGACACUUAGCCACGUGACUGCUGAACAUUCUGGCACCUACAUUUGCCGAGCUGUCAAUAUUAUCAGUCCCAGUGCCCCUCCACUAAGAAUGAAUGAGAAAGUUGGGAAUGCUUCUAUAGCUCUCUUAGUCAGGCAUCACCCCGGCAGAGCUAGGAUAAUGCCUGACAAACCAGUAGCUACUGAGGGAUCACCUGUCACGUUGACGUGCACUGCCACCCCACCAGGUUGGCCAGCACCUCAAUACCGUUGGUUUAGAAUCGAUCCCAGUGGUCAGACAACAAUCCUAGCCACAGGAACUAAAUAUACUAUACCCAGCGCUAGCUUGGUUACAGAAGGAAUCUAUCACUGUCAAGCAACUAACGAAUUAGGUCCGGGAGAACUAGCUUCGGUCUCAUUAGAAGUCCAUGUGCCUCCUAGUUUUAAAAGCAAACUAAAACCUUUGGAGAUUAAACGUGUUGGUGACAGCGGAUUCGUGGUGGCUUGCAGUGCAAGAGGAAAACCACGUCCUAUGGUUAAGUGGUUAAAGGACGAAGAGGAAUUGACACCUGACGCUAACAUGUUCGAAGUAAAGACUGAUUAUGUAGAAACUAGUAAUGGAGCAGUUAGCGUACAAAGCAUUUUGAAAUUCUCUGGCAAAGCUAGACCUAACGGAAACGAGUUAUUGCCUUCAGACAGAGGAGUUUAUUCCUGUAUGUUUGAAAAUGAAGUGAAAAGAACUGAAUCGACAAUGCAUCUGAAAAUUGAACAUGAACCCAUUGUGCUACACCAUUUCAAUAAAGUUGCAUACGACUUAUCUGAACAUGCCGAAGUUGUAUGCAAAGUUCAGGCGUUUCCAAAACCAGAGUUCAAAUGGUUCUAUGGAGCCAAUAUCAAUCCUCUACAUUCAUCAUCUGAAGGACACUAUGUCGUUCAUAGUUCGAGUGACGAAGACAUAUAUACAAGUGUUUUAAAAAUAAAUAAGAUUGAGAGGUCCGAUUAUGGAGAAUAUACCUGUCAAGUCAUCAACAAUCUAGGAGCAAUCGAUACCAAAAUUAAACUACAGCCUAAAGGUGCGCCUGAGAAGCCUUCUAAACUUGCAUCGUUGUAUGACGGUUUUAACUUCGUCACAUUAGGAUGGGAGCCUGGAUUUAACGGAGGGAUUUCUAAUACCAAAUAUGUUGUGUAUUAUAGAAAGAUUGCUAGUGAUAAUGAUAUUGUUAUUGAAGGUUGUAAUAAUAUACCUAGAAGUGUGGAAUGGAAUGAAGUCGACUGCUUCCAGAGUGUGCCAUGUAAUGUAUCUCAUUUGGAACAAUAUCAGACGUAUCUCUUUAAGGUUAAAGCCAUCAAUACAAAAGGCAGCAGCGAGAACUCGCAGGAAAUUAGAGAAAGAACGAGAGUCAACAAAAUCCCACAGCCCCAAAGUGUAGAGUUCGACAAAAACUCUAAUACUUUAGGCAUCAACGUUCCAGCUACUUGUCUUCCUCUAGUUGCCGUUGUAGAAACAGUUAGCAAUGAAAAUCAUCCAAUCACAGCCUGGCAAGUCAUUGAUACGAUGGAACUUCAAGUUUCUGGACUUGCCCACACUUUUAAAGAGAAAAGCCUUGAUCAAAUGGGUUCGAAGUUCUACAAUGGAAGAGCAUUGAUAGAUGAACCUAUCGGAGUUAAUGACGACUAUGUACCAAGAAUUCGAGUGAAGUUGUGUCUUCAAACUCAUCCGGAACAUUGUGGAGAAUUCGUUGAUGCAGAAUUUGGUACUGGUUCGAUAAGAGAAGCAUCAGCUAUGACUACACCAACAGUCAUAGCCAUAGUAGUAGCUUGCAUAGUACUGAUAUUGUUCGCUGGCCUCCUUUUAGUAUUCUGUAGAUGCAGGAAAACUGAAUCUUCCAAAAAGGCACAAUCAAAAGACUACGAAAUGGAUUCUGUACAACCCACCAUUGUUCCCCAACAAAAUCAAGCACCCCCUCCAUAUUAUCCGUCGUCCGGUAUGGAUAAUAAGGCGUUGGAGCAUUCUUUGGAUUUGGCGCUCGCCUUAGAAGAUCAAAAAUCUGUGUAUGCUACCCAAAAUGGAUACGGAUAUCAUGUGGCCAAUGCUGAUAUUCAAGCUAGGCAAAAUAUUAACAAUACAGAUUGGGCUAACAUGGGAUACAUCGAGAACAGCUACUCCAACUCCAACAAUGGCGGAAGUGUGAACUCCCAGGAUUCCCUGUGGCAGAUGAAAAUGGCAGCAGCUUCCAGUAAUUCAAACAAUCAACUGCAACAACACCACAUGAACGUCGAUCGACAGAAUUAUGGAUACGAUCCUAUAACUCAUGGUGGAUAUGGAGCAGUGGAUGAUUACGCUCCAUACCCCCAUAUAACGACACAAAGCAAUCAUGGCGAUGAAUAUAUCAGAAACAGUAAUAACCCGUCCAGACAAGACUAUUGUAGUGAUCCUUACGCUUCAGUUCAUAAGCCUAAAAAACGCGUUGAAAUCGAAUCUCCAUAUCAUGAUGUAAGCGGCCUACCUGACCCGUACUUAGAGCAAAUGGAAGACGAAAAACCACCACAGCAUAUGUCUCUAAGUUACGAAGAAAGUCUAGAAAGCGGCUAUUCGACUCCCAAUUCUAGAACACGACGAGUCAUCCGAGAGAUAAUCGUGUAAGAUUUUUUAAGUGUUGCCUACUGUUCUCUACUAUCGAACCUUCACAAUUUCUAUAUUUUUUGUUAAGAGUUUAUAUCAACCCACCUGAAGGUCUGUAAUUUGAUCAUAAUACUCAGUAUUUAAUGUUAAUGAAAAAUGAUGCAUUUAAGAUACGCAUUCUUUUUAUUCAUAUCAUAUGAGAAAAACAAUAUGCUCUCUUUCUCAUUUUUUUUUAUGUACCAUAUGUGCCAAAGACGAAAGAGUUUCUAUUACACACUGAAUCUGUAAAGAUUGUAAUAGGUAUAUUUUCGAUUAUAGUCUUUUUACUACAAAGACACGCUUACGUCAUUCAAGAUUUAUGACGUCAGAGCAUUGCCAAAACAUUAGAAUAUGACUUUUCAUCAUGGCCAUGUUUAUUGUACAGUGAGAAGCUAGGCAUCAUUGCUUGUCACAGAUAUUUUUCUUUGUUUUUGUUUUCUGUUCAAAUAAUAUCUAUAAUUCUUCAUUCUAAUUAAUGAUGCCAAUCGGUUUUCAUUACUUACUUGCGGAAAUAUACUUAAUUAAAUACAAUAUUAUCAUAGUGUUUAAUAUAAUCAAUAAAAUAGAUCAUUUAAUAUUUUAAGCCUAAAAAUGACAGAUGCAUGUACUGAAUAGCAUUUAAUAGGUAAGAGUAAAAAUAGGUAUAACACGAGACUGUUUAUAUAGAAAUAAAGGCUUUGGAUGUUUUAUCUAAAGUAUGUUGUGUUCACAGGUACUUUAUUAUUAUAUUGUAUUACUAACCUAACCCAACACUAAAAAAUAAAAACAAUACUAAAUUAUAUUGAAAUAAAAAUACGAAAAUAAAGAAUAAUGUGCCUCAACUAGCAAAUUAUUGUUUUUAUUCGAUUAUUAUUAUGAUACUUGUACUAAGGUAAAGAACCAAGCUGUGUCGGAGUGUGUAAGAUUGGUACACGCUAUAAAUCAUUUCAAGACAAUACAUAUUAUUUUAUAACUUUUCCAAAGCCUUUAUUUAUUUAUCAACAAUCUCGCGCUAUACCUAAUACAAUAUUUUAUUCGUAUUAAAUACUAUUAAGUACAUUCUUCUGUCAUUUUUAGCCUUAAAUAUUAAACGAUCCAUUUUAUUGAUUAUAUACCAUAAUAUUAUUGUUAGGUAAUUACUUAAUAUAUUUCGGUAGAUAAUGAAAAUCGAUUGACAUCAUUAAUUAGAAAAAAGAAUUAUAGAUAUUAUUUGUACAGUAAACAAGAACAACGUAAAAUAUCUCUGACUUCUCACUGUACAAGAAACAUGAUCAUGAUGAAAAGUCAUAUUCUAAUGUUUUGGCAAAGCUAUGACAUCAGAAAUCUUGAAUGACGUAAGCCUGUUUUUGUAGUAAAAAGACUAUAGGUGCAUAUAUUUUGAUUUGUCCACUAAUCUCCCAAUUUUAGUAAACUACGAAUCCCUUUACUCUAGUUAUAUCUACAAUUAGUAUUUACUCUUAUUUCUAUGCAUUCCCUACGUAGAAUUGCACUUCAAUAGAUUGUCCAAUUUUCUCGAUUAUUUAUUUAACGGUUAGAAAACACAAAUCUGACAGCCAACGUUAAAACGUAAACAACUCACACUGUUAGAGACGACUAUACGUUUGUGUUAAUCGUGUGCGCUGUUAAAUGGAACCUAAUGGCUUCAGGGUCUUAUCCACAGCAUAGCGGACGAGCAUUUGCAAAUAAAAAAUGUUAGUCUUCAAAAAAGACUAUUUUUCGUUCGGAAAUGUCCCUUUUAUACGCCAGCCGAAUUAGUUGACUUUGCAAUUUAUGUAAAUACAUAAAUUUAAGUUUUGUAUCCUUGUUUCGAAUAUUAUUUUACAGAAUAAUCUGUAAAAGGAUGACUGAUAUUUGAUAGAAUAUAAUAUGAUGUAAAUAAAUAUUUUAGUUAAGUGCAGACCUUUAAAAAGUGGAUGGAUGUAAACUUUGGAUUUAUCUUCUUACGUACCUGUACCUGACAGACUUUUAUUUUCGUAGUGUUGCUGAGUUACCGUUUAUAUUAGGAACACGAUUUGUGAUUUAUAUCAAAAUAAAAUGCUCUUAAAGUAUUGCACAACUUGUACAAAUGCCUUUAAUAAAGGUUUUUUUUAUUCAUAUUGAAUUAUCAAAAAAAAACGUUAAUCUAGUGAAUAUUUUACUUAAGCGCCCACUAUACUACUCGCGAAGUUGAUCGAAGUUUAUCGAGCACGUGAGUGUAGAAAGGUAUUCAUGCGACUUCGUUUUGCCUCGGGCUACUUCCAUUCUGUGUCGGUUUUUGCGACCGAGUCAAAGGACUCGAAGCUCGAAGUUAGUUUCUUGAAGUUAGAAGAGUACUUCGUCGAGUAACUUCGCGAGAGUGUACUAUUUACUAAAGUAAAUACAAGUUUAUUUGAUCAUUGUUGGAUCGAAAUAACAAUUAAAAAAAACUGAUCCCUAAUUGUUUUGCAAUCCAUCUGACCGUCGUAGGUUAGUACAACCAAGACUGCAACAAAUACUUUUUCUCUGCUUCUCAUAUUUUUAAUGUGGUUCGAAAAAAGCUAAAAAAAUACAUUACACACAAGACUCUGAGAUAUUUAAAGUUGAUCUGAAGUAGAUCUAUUGAAAGACAGAAGGACACUAACAGUGUGAACACGGUAGCCGUGUCGACGGACUUAAAGUGUUAAAGAACUGUAGAAUUGUAAAUAUUUUAUCUUAAUUUUUAAGACUCCUGUAUAUAAUUUUCUUAAUUAUUAUUAUUACGAAAACGAAAUAAGAGUCUCACGCAUACGAACACAUGUGCGGAUCGGCUUGGGGAUUUGGAAUCGGAGUUAUCUAAGACGCAAGAUAAACAAGUAGCCGCCUUGACUAAUUUUAAUAGUUGUCGUUUAUUGGAAAAGGACGGUACAUACUUUGAACCAAUUUUAAUAGGUUGGUUCUCAGGGGAAAACGGAAAAGGGAGAUUAGAUGUAAGAGAUUUUUAUUUGGCGUAGGGGUGCGAGAGUUAGUCGAUUUUAACACCUCGAUUUUUAGGACCUCGACGGACGUGUUAUUUGGGAUAAUCGAAAAAGACGCAACUUGGAGACGCUUUAAGACGGGUAUUGUGACAAGCCGGUUAUAAUAUUCAUUAAACGCAAUUAUUUCCAAAUACAUUUCUUUUUGUAAGAACACCUAAAAUUUUGGUCGCAAUUACACAAACACUUUUACAUUUCGUCAACUUAAUAGUAUCUAUAAUUUAAUAGUCUAUUUUAUUAAUUAAAACUGUUAAGACUCAUACGGACUUUUAUUACGAUUGUCUUUAACGAAUCCUACAGAACCUUAGAACUUGGUUUUACAUUCGUCACGGAUAUGCACACCAAGGAGAAGAGAAUGCGAGUAACCUUUGGAAUCGACACCAAAAUAAACUAUAGAAGCUCUAGAUAGUAAAAUAUAUUCAAAAAUGGAAUAGUUUUUUGUUUUAUUAUUAAACUUGUUUAUUUUAAAAUAAAUGUACUAGUGAACUAGAUAAAUAACCUCCCUUGGAAUGAAAAACAUGUUUUUUUUUUAUAAAAUUCUUUUAUUUUAUUCGAUAGUCUCCUUUAUACCGUCCGAAAAAUAUCAUUCUGGAAGCUCUGCAAAUAGGGCAUUUAUUUCCUCAAUUAUCUCUUCCUUCUAGCUGAAUUUUCCAUUUACGAGCCAUUUCUUUAGAUUUAAGAACACAUAAUAAUCGGAGGAGGCCAAAUCAGGAGAAUAAGUCGGAUCGGAAAGCAAUUCGAAGCCUAAGUCACGAAUCUUUGCCAUUGUCAUACGCUCUUGUGAGCCGGUGCAUUAUCUUAAAGAAACAACACUUUUUUCACUGAGUUCCUGCUUAAAUCUGUGCAAUAAUGCACAUUAAUAUUGGUACCUAAUAGUCAAUUGAAAUUAUGCCUUUACAAUUCUAAAAUACAUUGACCAUAACCUUUCCGACCCAUUUGGCCGCUCUUGGCUGCUUCGGAUCAGAUUUUUAGGCCUGAGGUCAUUUCUGUCAUUCAUUCUGUUCUCUGGUAUAUAGCAGAGGAUCUAGGUGUCAUCAACGGUUACCAAUCGAUGCCAAAAGUCCGACGGAUUGCGUUGGGUCCAAACCCUGGUGAGAAGUGGUGACAAAAUUGUACUUGCUACAAAAGUAUAGUGACACGCUUCAUUUAUUAUUUUUUAAUUGCUAAUUUUAAAUAUUAACUUUCUUUUCUAAACGAAAAUAAUAUGGGUCAUUUAAAAUUCACAUGUGUUUCGCUCCUAAAAUACAAAACCAUAUUGUAUAAAAUUAAUGUUUUUUUCUGGGAAACAAAUUCCCCAUUAAAUAGUUACCUUAUCAGACCUUAUGUCAAUAAAUCACUUUUUAAAUGCAUUCGAAGACGCUUCUUAAAACUACAGUAGUGUUUUCAGCUUUUAAAACACCAGAUACAGCCUCUUUAUGUCGAUAAAUUAGUCUUCAGCGUAAAACCACAGACAUGUGUUUAGUUGAACCACAUCAGUCGAUACACAACCCCACCAGGCAUCGGUCGGUCAUACAACCCUCGCUGGGCCCAAACAAUAACAAACCCUCUUACGAGAUAUAAGCACGCCUUUUUAACCAAAAUUAAAUAUAUUACUGUUCGUUGAGACGUGUCACACUUAUUUUAAUUUAAGUUAAUUGUUUUCGUUAACCACCAACGGAACAAAAGUUAUUAGAGGUAAUGGAUUUUGACAAGAGCUAGAUUCAUGCCGAAACUGUACACAAGGUUACUUGUUAUUUACAAGGUUAUAGCUCUUUUGAAAAUUCAUGAGGUUUACUUGGAAUAUUAGUAAAGAAAUAUUUGUAGGAAAAACGUUUUUUUUUUCUUGUGCAGUACUUUAAGUAAAUUCAAAACACGGCUCGCGUUCCUAAUAUAUUGCUGGAAAAAAUAUUUAAUAUCUUUCAUGCUCGAAGUUUUUUGCUGCUAACAUAGGCUUUUACUGGGUGUUUUAUGAAUACAAAUCGAAUUUUUAACACUUCUUAUAAAGCUCGAUGUGAAAUAUCACUGUCUAGUGUUUUUAAAUGCAAAAUAUUUCAAUACACAAUGUAUACAGGGUAAAUAUAUAUACGGUUUGGUGCAAAAUGAGAUUAAAAUUUCUGUUUUAUAUAAGUGGCUGUAUAAAAACUGUUUUUACUUUAUAAGUUUGUAGUGAUAAUGUAAGCUUACAUUACUGGAGUUAUGUAUAUACCUUCGAUUGUGCUGAUAACUUGUACCGUUGUUCAUGGUUUUUAAGUGCCUUAAUUUCUCUUUUCUUAACCCUCAACUACUGACAUGGAUGUUUUAGGACGUAGACUCUGACAUGCGGCAUGUCAUACCGUUGCAUAUUCUCCUUUGUUUUCAAUAUGAAUUUGUCUUUAUAUCGCUGUAUUUAUUAUUUACAUCAACUACGGAAUGAUUUUUCACACUGCUGUAGAAUAAAAUACUGCUCCAAAUAAAAUAAACUCUAUUUUUUCAAGAAAAUUAUGAACUCAUGCAUGAUAUUAAAAAAAUGGUGAAGGUUCUUACAAAAUCCUUUAUACUUAGACUGAAUUACAAAAAAACUUGGUAUUGGUAACUCGAAAAUAGCAAAAUAGUGCUUUCCACUUGAAGAUACAACUGGAUGAACUUGCUGCCAUACUAAUAGCGAAAUAAUACACUGGACUGCUUUUAACUAUAGAUACUACUGUACAGCAUAUACUGAUACCUACUGAUACCGCAUAUACUGUUUAUAUGAUACUGUGAUACCGCAAGAGAACUUUACGUCAACGUAGCUCAAAGACUAAACCAUACGAAAACUGCAGCAGUUGAGAGCAUGUACAAUUACAGACCACUUGAAGGUACACAGAUGGUGUUCUAGGAAUCUUUUAUAAAACACGUUUUACAACAAAACAUAUUUUCGGCAAGUUAUGACAUACCGCUUGUCAGUGGUUCAGGGUUAAUCUUUCAUCUUAAUAGCUAUAAUUUUCAUCAUUUAUUCUUCCAUAUCUUUGUAUCACUAUCUAGAAUGCUUAUUUUUUCAUUGAGCUUUAAUUAAGCCAUUCUUACUCAGAAUAUUCUAUGUCUUAUUGCAUUUUUCCUAAUACUUGAUCUUGUAUAAUUAAACACUCGGGUGCAAAAAAAACCGAUCCACUGAAAAUUUGGCCAUUUGUCAUGUCUCGAAUUUCCUAAACAUGUCCGAUUUAAAUGAUUUUUUUAACAUGUAUAGUCUUAUUCAUUAACAAUAUCGCUGUAAUAAUAUUGUUGCUAGACAGGUAAACUGUCAUUCUAUACCAGGUGUACGAAUCAAACUGAGGGUUUUUUUCUCAAAGUUCGCAUCACCCUGUGGACUAUUCUAGCGUUUAUAAAAUACUGAAAUUAAAAACCAACUAUAGCCUCGGGUUUUCUUAACAUUCUGUUUUUAGAUUCAUUCGCUUAUGUUGGAUAAUAAAAAAGUUAGGUACUUUAACAACUAGCCACGUUCUUCAUCAGUACAGGGUGUUUAUAAAUAAGUGCAACAAACGCUUCGUUUCCGAGAUACGGGAUGUUCAACUUUUUUUACAAACUGACGAUUUACUUAUUGAUUUAUAUCCAGUUAAGAUAUGCAAAUCAAAUUUGGUGGGUUUUAAGACGUAGUUAUUGCACAUUUUUUGACAUCCAAUUAAAAAUUUUAUAUUCACCAUUGGCGUACAUACUGGUAAUAUAAUCGGUCAUAAUACCCGUUUGCGCGCUAAUGGUAAAUAUUAAAUUCUUAAUUUUUUGUUAAAAAAUGUGCAAUAACUACGUCUUAAAAACCACCAAAUUUGAUUUGCAUAUCUCAACUGGUUUUAAAGCAAUAAAUAAAUCGUCAGUUUGUAAAAAAAAAUUGAACAUCCCGUAAAAUUACCGCUUAAAGUUUGCCGCACUUAUUUCGAAACACCCUCCUACUGAUGACGAGCAUGGCCAGUUGUUAAAGUACCUAACUUUUUUAUUAUCCAACAUAAGCGAAUGAAUAUAAAAACAUAAUGUUAAGAAAACGUGAGGCUAUAGUUGGUUUUUAAUUUCAGUAUUUUAUAAACGCUAGAAUAGUCCACAGGGUGAUGCGAACUUUGAGAAAAAAACACAGUAUGUUUCGUACACCCGGUAUACAAUGACAGUUUACCUAUCUAGCAACAAUAUUAUUACAGCGAUAUUGUCAAUGAAUAAGGCUAUAACAUGGUAAAAAAUCACUUAAAUCGGACAACAAGUUUAGGAAAUUCGAGACAUCAAAAAUGACCAAAUUUUCAGUGGAUCGAUUUUUUUGCACCCGAGUGAAGAUAUCAAUGUGAUAGUUAGAUACUGCAUAUUAUAGACCAUUUGAAGAGUGGAUAUAUGUAACAAGCUAAGUGACAAAAAAUAAAUAUUUCUGUUUUUUCCAUUAUAAUGGUUAAUGCAACAAUGCCGUUAACCUGUAUUAUGGGCCAUAGGUGAUAGUUGCAUUAGAAAUAGUUCUAAAUUAAUGCAACAGAUAGCGUCCAACAUAAGCAUAGCGUUCCGUUUCCUGAAAAAAACUCAUUUUUCUCGAUUGUAUGUUUUUGUCACUUAGCCCGAUAUAUAUCUCCACUCUUCAUUUUACGUUAAGUUGCAAUAAGAAGACGAAUAUGAAAUACAUUGCGUUCUGCCGCGUAAGUUUGGUACCUCCUGUACCAUAAUCAUUUUGUUUUUAUGUUGGUAUAACAAUAUAUUUCUAUUUUUAUAUAAAACUAAAAAAAUCUAUGAUGUUUUGAUAAGGGAUUAACAUUUAAGUAACAAACCUUCUUAUUCCGAUCCAAAAAUUUGUAUAUGUGUAUAGUCCGUCCGCUAUAACUUUUCCCAUGCGGUACGAUUCAUUUUCAAUCAAAUUAAGUCAAAACAGAAAGUAAAACGUACGCCGAUGUGUGUAGUAUAUAGUAUACAGUAUACAAAAUGUAUAUAAACAUCGACGUUCAUUUCAAUUUAUGUUUUGACUUAAUUUGAUUGAAAAUUAAUCGUACCGCAUGGGAAAAGUUAUAGCGGACGGACUAUAUGUAAUAUUGCCCCUUUGUUCAAAUUUCUUAAAAUCUGAAUAUGCUUUAAUGAUGUGUCAGUCGGCAAAGUUCAGUUAACGUUGCAAUAAAAACUAGUUUUUAUGUGGCCACUCAGUAGAUGCCUUAAGAUAUAUUAUAAAAAUUAUAAAUUUACAUACACUCAGUAUGAUUUGAAAUUGUAAAUACGGCUUAGACAUAAUGAUACAUAUGUGCUACGGAUUUAAAAUGGGUAACACACAACACUAAUUUUCAAUUUAGCAUUUACGAGAUAAAUGUUUUGCAAACGUGUCAUUAUACUUUGUAAUACAGGGUGAGAAAAAACACGGAAUAUAUGAACUGUCUAUAAAUGAAGAUAAAUUAUUUUUGUCCAUGCUCACGGACCUUUAAAUUAAAGUUACGUUAUUGUGACAUAUUAUGUCCGGUUUUCAAAACCUGGCAAUGUUGUAAAUAAAUUUUAGUUUUGUAAGUAUUUUUCAUUGUUUGUGUAUGUUUUUCUCAUCCUGUAGGUAUAUAGUUUGUCAUUUUCGGAUGACAUUGCCAUUAUUUUUAGCUAAUGUGAGGCUAAACACAAUAACGAAAGAACAAUUUUAUAUAAAAAAAAUGUGAUUUAAAUUGCAAUACGCGAUUGUUGUGCUCUAUGUUGUUGUAUAUUGUUAAGGAUUAUUUUUUGUGUUAUUUUCUAGUAUUUUGUCGGUCGUGCGAUGUAAAUGAAUCUAAUUAUAUUUUUUGAGUAAAAGAAGGUUUUUGUAACUGGAUAACCUUAAAAGAAUUUAUUAUACAUCGUUUUUAUUUGCAAUGUCUAUACGCUGUGAGCUCGUACGUAGAGGGGAUAUUUACAAAUUCGCGAGCGCCAGUAGUGACAAGUUUGUAAACCUUACCGGAAAUUUGACAUAAAUGUCAAAGUGAUUAAUUUAAAAUUAAAAUUAAAAACAUUAAUUAUAAAAAAUAUUAGUUGGUCAAAGCUGUGGUAUAUAUUUUUACCUUAAAUAUACUUACGUUUUAAAUACUGAAUUUAAGUUUCUUUAAUGUUCCGUAAUAUGUAAUUAUAAAUUAAUCUAUUACUCUUAGCGCCAUCUACACGAUAAUUGUGAAAGUAUCCAAAGGUAGAAAUUCAUAUUUUAUCAAUAGAACGUCAAAAUGAUUAGCAAAAUCUUAAAAAAAUCGAUUACAAUUUAAUUAUUUUUUGCGUUGUAAAUAUUAAGCGAUAACAAUUAAAUAAUAAAUUUAAAAAUUACCGGUGAAAGUUGAAUUAGUAGUCCGCUAGGAGCGACACCAGCGAAGCUCAGAGCGUAUCAAACUUAAAUCAAUAUGGCGGCAGGGAGGCAAACAUAAAUCUUAUUCUGUUAAUUCUUAAUGUGUUUUAGAUCAUUUUAGUUACGUUUCUUUGUAAUUUUGUUUUGUACAUGGAUUAAUUUAACAUUUUCACUGGAAGAAUUAAUUUAAAACGAUAAUAUGCCUCAUUUCUAUUUUGUAUUGAAGUGUGGAAUGCGAAGUAACCGUGAUUAAAUUCAGUUUUAUCAGUUACCAUCAGUGCUACAUUACAUUUUAAGCAUAAAACUGAACUAAAGAAGUUAUCAUCUGAGAGACAAAAACAAUGGUAUAAUGCUAUAAAAUGUCCUAUAAAAAUGCUAAGUAACUAACUAUCUCCAUGUUACUUACGCUUGGAAAACUGUCUCCAUUCUAGGUUAGCUCAGACUCCUUGAGGGAAAAUGAAUCUUUUUUAUUUAUUUUGCCAAAUCUUUGUUGUCUACCAACAUCUUUCGAAAAUAUUCACCCAUGUUUAUUUAUUCACUGCUUAAAACUAAAUAAAGCCGUUCAAGUAUACUUCUACAACUAAAAACUACACAAAAUCAACAACAAAAUGUUCGGAAAAUACAACUAAAAAACUAUUAAAGGUAAAUAACUUAGGAAACACAAUGGGCUACAAAUAAAAAUAAAUACAAUGUUUGUCUCCCCGCUUGUUGCACCUUUACUAUCAGGUGUAGGUACCUUAAAUCGGCGGUCUGCCAAUAGGGCUUUUCAUCGAUUGUCAUUUGUUUCGAGCUUCUGUCAUAUGUUGUAUAAUCUGUGUAUAAUAUUAAUAUACCUACACGGAUUAUACGACAUAAGACAGAAGCUCUAAACAAAUGACUGUGAUGUCAACAAUAGAUCAGGCUAGGGAUAUGCCACUCAAUGCAUCGGGGUGUAACGCCAAUAUCAAGUACAGUGGUCUAGCUAUCUUUGUCUGGCGUGCGAGUGUGAGCGUAUAGGGCUUUUCAUUCACAGUCAUUUGUUUCGAACUAUUGUCAUAUGUCGUAUAAUCCGUGUAUAUUAAUUUUAUACACGGAUUAUACGACAUUUGACAGAAGCUCGAAACAAAUGACAAUCGACGAAAAGCCCUAUCUACCAAGAGGUGGGAGUAAUGGAACGACAGUGACACAGAGGCGGCAGACAUCAUAUGCUAGAGAGAGAAAGCUAAACGCCGGUAGAGAGAGAUAGAUAGACCACCGACCCGAACUGCUCCGCGUGACGCUAUUUUUCGGACCUGGCCUAAUCUAUUGUGUUAUUAUAUCUAUGUUUUUGUCGCGUUAUCCUCCGUGGUAGCCAUUUUCAAGCAUCUCAUCACAAAUCUAACACAUUGCCAAAACUUUGUUCAUUAAACUUUUGCAAAACACUAAUGUCACAAACUAGGUAUUUUUCAGUAUUAGUGUUCAGUAUAGGUAUUUUUCAGCUACAUAUUUGAAAGAUUGCGUUUUUACAAGCACAUAAUCCAGAUUAUAGACGUAUUAUAGGUUAUCCCGAUACAAACAUGCUUAAAGAAAUGAAAAAUGUGCCAAAUGAAAAUAACACAAUUUUUUUAUAUUUAACAAACAUAUUGUACUUAAUUUUUACAAAACUUUUUUUAUUUAAUUACUUAAUAAUGAUCUCAAUCGAGUUUGUUUAUUCAAAAAUUGUUGCAUCUGAAUUUCAAUGACCAAACGAUAUAAUUUAGGUAUAUAUUUUUGUAAUUUUUUAAAUGUAUAAUUGUUGUAAUUCGAAAGAGAGCAAUUUUUGAAAAAAUACCACAAUUUAUCUGAAUAUACAGGGUGAGGCCCAAAAGAUCAACUGUCAUCAACACGCCUAACUUCACGCGCAACUUUGAUGCAUCCAAAAUGCAUAGGCACCAAGUUGGAUAGGACCCUAUCAUAUUUACAGUAACUCGCAUACAUAAUAUUAAGAAAAAUAAAUAUAUGUAUAUGUAUAUAGAAUAUUAUAGAAAUUGAAUUAAUGAUGUAUCAAACUUGUGCAUGAAGUUAGGCGUGUUGAUGACAGUUGAGUUUUUGGGGGCGACCCGAAUAUAUGAGAGGACCUAUAAGUAUUUGGAUAUUAGCUACUAAUGAUAUAGAUGGUAUUAAACUAAAAUGGUUAAUGUAACACAUUUUAAAAAACUCAUGUUUGGUUUCAUUCUAUGUCAUUAUAUUUUUAUCGUUUUUACGAUAAAUUGAUAGCGUUUGCCAUGUUUGUGUUCAUAUUACAUUACCAUUGUUGAAUGUAUUGCACGUCAUUAAAUAUAUCGUAAUAAUCUGUUUAUAUGCAGAAAUAAAUGAAUGGACAGUGGUGCCAUCUAGCUCAAUAGUAAAAUUGACGCUAGAUGGCACCAUUAGACUUUUUCAGACUGACCCAAAGUAUUGACGGAGAAUACUGUAAUAGAGUUAAAACUCUUAACAUAUUCUUUGUUUAUAACAAAUUAUUUAUUUUAAUGCCAGCUUUUAAUGACUAAAUUAAUGUCCAAAUAUUUGUGGACGCCCUGUAGAAAUAAUUUGUAAACUUGCUGAAGCGCAAAUAUAUUCUUAUUGACGAUUUCUGAAUAUGUAAAUGUUUCAUGUAUAUAAAAUUAUAAAAGACUAUUAUUUUGUAAAUUUAAGGAUAGGUGUAAGGAUAAAAUAUACAAUGUAUUUGUAAAUACAUAAAUCUAGUGUAUGCACUUUUAUUUGUAAUUGAAUUAUUUGUAAAUAAAUGUCUAUUUAAAAUUUA